AUGUCAUAUUGGUAUCGUGAAUUAAAUUCUCAUCGUUUAGUUAAAGAUAAUUGUGAAACUUUCUUUAGUAAUUUAUUUGACUCACCUCAACACUCACUCAAAUCUUCCACCAUGGCUGAUAAUGAAAGCAUACACGAUGAAAAUGAAAACCAACAAGUACAAACCAUGCGUGAUUACUUGCAACCUCCUCGAAAUUCUGCUCUUUCAUGUUUCAUUUUUCCUCUUAAUGCUAAUAAUUUUCGAUUCAAGCCGGGUAUGAUUCCAUUACUUCCUAAUUUUCAUGGCUUAGAAUCCGAAAGUCCAUAUUUGCAUCUUAAAGAAUUUGAGGAAGUAUGUGCAACAUUUAACGAUCAAACUUGUCCCAAUGAAAUUGUCAAGUUGAAAUUGUUUCCUUUUUCUCUAAAAGAUAAAGCAAAAACUUGGCUUAACUCUUUAAAACCUAGGUCGAUUGGCACAUGGCAAGAAAUGCAAAGUGAGUUUUUGAAGAAAUUCUUUCCAGCACAUAAAAUUAAUGCUUUGAAAAGACAAAUCCAAAAUUUUUCUCAAAAAACCAAUGAAGCAUACUUUCAAUGUUUAGAAAUAUUUAAAGAUUUGUUAAAUACAUGCCCACAUCAUGGUUUUGAAAAAUGGCGUACUAUAAGUUUCUUUUAUGAGGGCCUAACUCCUGAAACAAAACAAUUUGUAGAAACGAUGUGCAAUGGUGAAUUUUUAGAUAAAGAUCCAGAUGAAGCGUUAGAAUUUUUAGAUCAUCUAGCUGAAAAUUCUCAAUCUUGGCAAACAGUAAAACCAAUCGAAAACUCAAUUAGAUCUAGUCUUGCUAGUUCUAGUGGAGGAAAAUAUCAAUUGAGUCAAGAUGAUGAUCUAAAUGCUAGGAUUGCUAGUUUGUCCAGAAAGGUUGAAGCUAUGGAAUUAAGGAAAGUAAAGGAAGUUAAACCCGUGCAAAAUGAUGAAAUUUGUAGCAUUUGUGAAACGUUUGGUCAUCUUACGCACGAUUGUCCUAACAUUCCAGUUUUCAAAGAAGUUUUACAUGAUCAAGCCAAUGCUAUGAACACUUUCAAAAAGCCUUUUUCUUCUCCAUACUCAGAAACAUAUAAUCAACAAUGGAGAAAUCAUCCCAACUUUAGUUGGAGAGAUGAUAAUCGUGUUCAUUUAUCACAACCUCAAGGGCUUUCAAAAUUUCCUUCUUUUCCACCACCACAAUCAAAGACUCUUGAGGAAACAUUGCAAUCUUUUAUGCAAGGACAAGCAAAUAUUAAUAAUCAAACUUCACAAGCCAUCAAUGAAAUCAAGAACACACUUUCUUCAUUGACCUCUUCUUUGCAUUCUCUAGAGAAAGGCAAAUUUCCUGCUCAACCUCAACCAAAUCCUUCUCAGCAAUAUAAUAAAGCAUUUUUGACAGAGAAUGUGAGCUCGAUCGUUCAACAAAACACUCCACCUAAAUUCAAAGAUCCUGGUUGUCCAACAAUUUCUUGUGUGAUUGGGAAUAACAGGAUAGAGCGUGCUUUGCUUGAUCUUGGUGCUAGUGUUAACCUAUUACCUUUUUUUGUGUAUAAACAACUUGGUUUGGGAGAACUUAAGCCAACAACAACAGCACUUCAACUUGCUGAUCGUUCAGUAAAAGUUCCAAGAGGGGUUGUAGAGGAUGUUCUAGUUCAAAUUGAUAAAUUCUAUUUUGCUGUUGAUUUUAUAGUUUUGGACACACAUCCUGUUUUAAAUUCAAAUGCACAAAUACCUGUCAUUUUAGGACGUCCCUUUCUUGCUACUUCAAAUGCGUUGAUAAUUUGUAGAAAUGGUAUCUUAAAACUCUCUUUUGGAAAUAUGACCGUGGAAAUGAAUGUUUUUAACAUUUGCAAGCAACAUGGAGAUGAUGAUGAUUUUCAUGAAGUAGAUCUUAUUGAACAACUUGUUGAUGAUCAGUUUAUCGCUACAUCUUCAUAUGAUGCGCUUGAAUUUGAAUUCAAUAAUAAUUCUAAAAAUUCGCAUAUGAUUUCAAGUGUUCAAGAACCAAAGCUCGAUUUGAAACCAUUUUUUGAGAAUUUCUCUAAAUUGGAAGAGUCCGUUGCUAUACAUGAUUCUAAAGAUUGA